GCACUCCAAAAAGAGACAAAACGCAUCAAUUUUCUAGUUAUUACGAAACAUUUAUCUUACUGUAGUACAAAAAACAAAAAUAAUGAUGACAAUAACAUUGCUGAAAUAACCUCUAAAAAUAACCAUAACCCCCUCUUUCAUGUUUUAUGAUUGUUGUAAUUUUUUUUAGCAGUAUCAUAUCUGUGCAUAAUUCUCUGCACAUUUGAUUUAUCUCUGUAAAGUUAUUAACUGAGUUGGUUUAAGUGAAAAUAAAUGUGUUGUAUGGUGGUAUAAAAAACUACAUUUACUUCAUUCCCUCAACAUUAUUCUAACAACAAAGAACACUCACAAACACCACACUCUCUAACUUCAAUGGCAAAACACACUGAAACCGAACCUCAAGGUGGUUUACCAAACAAAGACUACCAAGAUCCACCACCAGCUCCACUCUUCGACACCGCCGAACUCGGCCAAUGGUCAUUCUACAGAGCCCUCAUCGCAGAAUUCAUCGCCACCCUCCUCUUCCUCUACGUCACAGUUCUAACCGUCAUUGGCUACAAAUCACAAACCGAUCCAGCUCAUAAUGGUACUGGCUGCGACGGUGUCGGCCUCCUCGGUAUCGCUUGGGCCUUCGGUGGCAUGAUCUUUGUCCUCGUCUAUUGCACCGCCGGCAUAUCAGGAGGACACAUAAAUCCGGCGGUGACGUUUGGUUUGUUUCUGGCGAGGAAGGUAUCUUUGAUUAGAGCAAUAUUAUACAUGGUGGUUCAAUGUUUAGGAGCAAUAUGUGGUGUUGGACUAGUAAAAGCUUUUCAAAAAAGUUACUAUAAUAGAUACAAAGGUGGUGCAAACAUGUUAAAUGUUGGUUACAGUAAAGGAACUGGGUUAGGUGCUGAGAUAAUUGGAACUUUUGUUCUUGUCUACACCGUUUUUUCUGCCACCGAUCCAAAGAGAAAUGCUAGAGACUCUCAUGUUCCCGUUUUGGCACCGCUUCCAAUUGGUUUUGCUGUGUUUAUGGUUCACCUUGCUACUAUUCCUAUCACUGGAACUGGUAUCAACCCUGCUAGAAGCUUUGGAGCUGCUGUUAUUUACAAUAAUGAGAAAGCUUGGGAUGAUCAAUGGAUCUUCUGGGUUGGACCCUUUAUCGGUGCUGCCAUUGCUGCAAUUUACCACGAGUUUGUGUUGAGAGCUCAAGCAGCAAAGGCUUUGGGUUCUUUCAAGAGUUCUUCAAACCUGUAAUGGAAUUUCUAGGUACUGAGGUUAAUUUGAUCACUUAUUUGUAUAUGGAUAGACAUGGUGGAUUUGAGUUUGCAUGUCCUCAUCACUAUGUAUCGACAUUGUUUGUUUAAUUAUGGUUUGGUUAAUUAAUUUAUGUUAAAUUUGAGAUUUGACAUCA